UCCGUGUGUGCCGAUCAACCGACUGUUGGAGAUGAACGUUUGAAAGUGAUACGAACAGCUGUUCUUCAAAGCAAAAUUUCCUUGGACUCCUAAAUUCUUCAGGAUCAUAGAGAAGGGGAGCAUAUAUAGUAUUUUUUCUUUCUCUGUGUUGAGGACCAAUGGAAAGAUCAGAAUCCAUUUAUAACAAUCUGAUAUCGCAUCUGGAUUGUUUCUAGGCCAUCGAAACAACUUUUGUUUUGGGAGCAAUAUUUUUACCAUAAAAUUGUACCAGUUACCUGUUUUAUAGUAGCGAUGGUGAUUCCUUCCUUACAACCUCUGUGCGAGUUGAGCGCCGUUCAUAUUGCCUAUUUGAUGUGGUGUCGUCACGAUUUGAUUACAGAGUCCCAUAAAAGAGUACUUUCUGAUGAAUUGGUUGGUGUCGUAUUAUCCGAAGUACAAAGUCUUAAUCUGCCAAAAAGAGUGAAACCAUUUAUCUCAUAUAAUGUGAAACCAGUUGGCAGACGCUUGCUUGUUUUACUCACUCUGUGGCUACGAAAGACUAAGCCCAAUGAUUCUGGGAAUCAUCUAACCAUGAACAUGUUCUAUGAAUGUCUUGAGGUGAACGCUGACGGAUUGAUAAAUUAUUCUAAAACAGCUGAGAAAAUGUUGCACAGUGGAAUUCUCGACAGCACAGUUGCCUUCCGUCUGGCUUCUAUAAAUUACCUGGAGGCGGAAGUUUUGAAGUUAUGGCCGUCUGUAAAGCACUAUUUCUUGAAUAAGAUAGUGCAGGAAAGUGAACGACCCGGCACUUCCGAUGAAGAAAUGGAGGAACCUGACGACGAAAUGGUUCGCAAUUCUCUUUCAGAGACGCCUGGAAGAAGAGAUUACUCUACUGUUUUCUCAAACAUAAAAGAACCUUGUGAAGUUUUAUAUUGGAUUGGUUACUGUUUGUCGAAAGAGAAUGCCGUUACAAUGGAUGAAGUGCCACAUUUUUCGGGUGAUAAUGACUGGCUCGGAUUUUCUUUGGCAUCCGCUGCUCACUAUGGUAACAUCAGCCGUUUCGAGCAUUUUGAGAAGAGUCGCGUUAUAACCAUGAAGUAUGAUUAUAUGUGGAUAAUGGAAAAACUUUUCAAGUCAAAAGAUGAAGACAAUCAACAGCCAUGUUUUGUUUUCAUCUUUAAGCGUUUAGACUCGGAAGAAAAGGCCAGGCUCUUUCAACAAUUCCCGCGAGAGACUAUAUCUCAGUUUCUUCAGUGGCCUUUAUCAGUAACGUUUCGGGACAAUGCUGAAGAGGUGUGGAACUUCAUUCCAGAUUCACAUAAAGACUGGGUAUUUAUUAAAAUAUUUACAAUACUUUUUCAGAAAAGUUCCAUGCUACUUUACACACGACUUACCAUAAUGCAUUACCUUGGAUUGACGAAAAAGAUGCCUGGCAUAGUAACCGGAAUAUACAACACCGAUCACCUCAGGUCUAUUUGGUCUACCUUAUGGGAAAUUAGCCCGAAUGAUUACAAAUUACAUGUCUUGGAAUUGUUUGUUUUCUCAGGCCUUGUGCUUUGUAGUCCAAAGCCUUACGCAUUCAUUACGUGCUUCGAAAGUUCAGGCCUGAAAUCGAAGUUGUUGGAUUUUUUCAACUCGGAUGGAUCGUACAUUUUGAAACUGUACGAAGGAAAAAACCUGAAAGAAUCAUUGCGGACACUUAUUGCUAAACAUAUGCCCAACGAUUAUAAAUACUUAUACGGGCAUUUGAUUUCACGAAUUACACCAAAAGCUCGUGGGCAUUUCGUUAGAAUGAAAACUUUGCUUCAACUCCGAACGAGAAGCGCUAAGAUGAGUCGGUCAACUCCGGUUCAUCAAGACUUUGUGAGAUACGUCCAUAAUUGUUUGUCUCCACCGAUUGACAUUGAUGAAGCUUUUUAAUCCUGUGACGAAUGACGUUUUUAUGCUUGCCAUCGGUUUGCACCGUUCAAAUUGACUUUAAUUUUGGUUUGUAAAUUAUUUGAUAUUUUUUCGGCGAGUAUUUUUGUUAUUUCUUAUCUAUGCCGGGAGCCAUAUAGCAAGAAAACUUUCAUGAUCAUUUGGAUUGCUGACAAAUGUUAAAAAUGCGACGUCAUCUCAACUGUGUUAAAAACAAUAAUCCUAUCAUAUCUUGUAUAAAAAAUAAGGAUCCAAGAGAUCCUGUCAUUUGUUUUCUCAUUGAAUUUUGAAAUGCAGUAAGUUCUCUACUAAAAAUGAAGGAAAAUGUGUGUCGUAUGUGGUUGCUCUGCAGGCAGAACGCUCUAACCAAAGUUACUGCUUUAUAGGAUGGGAAUAUGCAUUUUCUACUUGAACCUUUUAUUCCCAGACAUUUUUCUUAAAAUUUUAAUAAUUUUAAAAUUUAGCAGAAUUUUUUUUUUUUUUUUUCGUUAGUAUUUCUUAGGGCUAUUAUAUUACAAAAUCGAUGUUUGUAGCUUCCUAGUGUUUGUAUAUAUAUAUAUAUAUAUAUAUAUAUAUAUAUUGAUAUUUAUUCAAUUUGUGUGCCAUUUUGAAAGCAUUUAUGUGUCAGUCUUCUCUUGAAUGUUCAAUCGAUGUUUGCUGCGAUAUAUUUCACUGUUGAUAUUUAAUUAUUUAAACCGAUUUUUUUUUAUUUCUGGAAAUGUUUGAUCAUGUAUUUUUGUUCUUUUAUUGAAAGCUUCUAUUUGAAAGGAAGAAAUGAAGAUUCUCUGUUUGUUUUGCUACAUUAUUUCGCAGUGUAAA